GCGGCAGUCGCAACCCAGCUGUGUUCCUGCUGUUAGAUCUGUGGUAAUGGCGUCGCUCACCGUGAAGGCCUACCUUUUGGGCAAGGAGGAAGCAGCGCGUGAGAUCCGCCGCUUCAGCUUCUGUUUCAGCCCCGAGCCUGAGGCGGAAGCCGAGGCCGCUGCCGGCCCAGGGCCCUGCGAGCGGCUACUGAGCCGGGUCGCCGCCCUGUUCCCCGCGCUGCGUCCGGGUGGCUUCCAGGCGCAUUACCGCGAUGAGGAUGGAGACUUGGUUGCCUUUUCCAGUGAUGAGGAGCUGACAAUGGCCAUGUCCUACGUGAAGGAAGACAUCUUCCGCAUCUACAUUAAAGAGAAGAAGGAGUGCCGGCGAGACCACCGUGCCCCAUGUGCUCAGGAGGCACCCCGCAGCAUGGUGCACCCAAAUGUGAUCUGUGAUGGUUGUAAUGGGCCUGUCGUGGGAACUCGCUAUAAGUGUAGUGUGUGCCCAGACUAUGACCUAUGUGGUGUCUGUGAGGGGAAGGGCAUGCACAGGGAGCAUAGCAAACUUGUAUUCCCCAGCCCCUUUGGGCACCAUUCUGAGGGCUUCUCUCAUAGCCGCUGGCUCCGGAAGUUGAAACAUGGGCAUUUCGGGUGGCCAGGCUGGGAGAUGGGUCCACCAGGAAACUGGAGCCCACGUCCUCCUCGAGCGGGAGAUACCCGCCCCCACCCCAUGGCAGAAUCAGCUUCUGGUCCAUCGGAGGAUCCCAGUGUGAAUUUCCUCAAGAAUGUAGGGGAGAGCGUGGCAGCUGCCCUCAGCCCUCUGGGUAUUGAAGUUGAUAUUGAUGUGGAGCAUGGAGGGAAAAGAAGCCGCCUGACACCUGUCUCCCCAGAAAGUUCCAGCAUGGAAGACAAGUGUAGUUCUCAGCCAAGCAGCUGUUCUUCUGAACCCAACAAACCAGAUGGGAAUGGCGAGGGUAUGGCACAAUCGCUGGCAGAGCAAAUGAAAAAGAUAGCCCUGGAGUCGAUGGGACAGCCUGAGGAACAGAUGGAGUCUGAUAACUGUUCGGGAGGAGAUGAGGACUGGACUCACUUGUCUUCAAAAGAAGUGGACCCAUCUACAGGUGAACUGCAGUCUCUACAGAUGCCAGAAUCAGAAGGGCCAAGCUCUCUGGACCCUUCCCAGGAAGGACCCACAGGGCUGAAGGAAGCUGCUUUGUACCCACAUCUUCCACCAGAGGCUGACCCCCGGCUGAUUGAGUCGCUUUCUCAGAUGCUGUCCAUGGGGUUCUCGGAUGAAGGCGGCUGGCUCACCAGGCUUCUACAGACCAAAAAUUACGACAUUGGGGCUGCUCUGGAUACUAUCCAGUAUUCGAAACACCCACCGCCAUUGUGACAACAUUUGUGUAUCUAUCCCAUACUCCUUUUUUGUCUCAUAGUUGCAUUGAGUUAGCAUAGAACAGCAGGGCCUCUGUAAGGGCCAGUUUAUCAGCAUUCUUCUUCCAGAAUCCAUGGGUGGGGAUGCAUGAAGUCAUUCAGGGCAGUGGGACAAGUGACAUGAAGGGAGAGUUCCAAGUGUGUGAGAAAUGGAAGCAGCUUGCCCUCUCCAAGGCCUUGCCCUGGCUAGGGAGGGCAAGGACAUGCCUGCGUACUCCUUCUUUCCCUGCCAGCAUCACACCAGCAGUUCGGAAUAUGUCUUGCCUAAUGGCUUUCUGCUUUUUCUUUUUAAAAAAUGAUUAAUAGUACACUGACAUUUAUUUUUCAACAAAUGAGAAAGUUGUCAGGGAGCGAAUGGAGGAGGCUCCUAUAGGAGUACCAGGGAUGGCGGGUAGCCAGGUUGUGGGUUUCCUGCUUGGUACUAGAUGGGCUCAGAAGGGAGGUCUGAGCUGUGGUUUUCAUUGAGUAUGCCUCCUUGUGUCAUGACUGCUCUAGUUUUUUCAUUUCCAAAUGUGUCAACUGCUUUUAAAGUAAGAAAAUCCCUUUGUAGCCAUCCUGUUAUCUGAUUUGUAAACAACCUAUAAUUAAACGGUACAACCACUUUAAUUGACAA